AAAUUCGCCGAGCUUACACCAUGGAGCGUCACAACAAAGGCCUCUCGAUAAACAAAAUCAGGAAGAUCAAAGGGGAAGGAAAGGUAUAAAUUCUGGAGAAUAUAAACACAAUUACAAGAGAGUAAUGAAGCGGCGCAAAGGAAACUAGAGCCGGUCCAUUAAAGAUUGGGAAAGCAUUUUUUUUUAUUUUUACCACGGAAUCUCUCCUUAGGAAUGCUUCCGGCCAUCGUCUCGAUCUUCCUUUCCCCCUUUUCCCUUCCUUUAAGAUGCGAAGAUCAUGGACCCUUUUUAAUGAGCCUAAUCGAGAAGGAGAUCAUUGGAGCGGAGGAUAUAAUAGCUUCUCUUGGACGAAGAGCUUGCGUGCGACGUCCGAAAGCAAUUAGAUUGGAGCAAUGGCUGCCCUGGGAAUUGACAAAAGAAUGCUUCGAGAACUUGAGUCCAUGGGAUUCCCAACCAUCCGUGCAACAAGAGCACUUUAUUAUUCCGGUAAUUCUAGCAUCGAAGAUGCCAUCAAUUGGGUCUUAGAGCAUGAAGGUGACUCAGACAUUGAUCAUAUUCCUAAGUUUCAGGUGCCUAUUGACAUACAAAUUGAAUCUGGCGAACCAUUACAUACAGGAGAAGACAUGGAGAUGAAAUUGAAAGAUCUAAGGGAGCAAGUACGGAAAAAGAGAGAAGAUGAUGAAAGAAGGAUGGAAAGAGAACAAGAGAAGGAGAGAAUAAGAAGGGGUAAACGGCUGAUGGAAGAUAAACGCAGUGAAAAGGAGAACGAAAGACAGCGAAUAAUUGCCUUCCGAAAAGCAGAAAAGGAGGAGGAAAUGAGGGCCAGACAGAAGAUUCGCCAGCAACUGGAACUGGACAAGGCAGAAAGGAGGAGGAAGCUUGGAUUGCCACCUGAAAAUCCUAGAACUGGAAAACCCACACCACUUCCCAUACGAGAAGGGAACGCAAUUAAGGGUCCAAAAUCCGUCAUUCCUUCCAUGGAGGAAACCCUGAAAGAUUGUCUAAGAUCUCUCAAGAAGAACCACAAGGAUGAUGAUGCUAAAGUGAAGAAAGCAUUCCAAACACUCCUUACAUAUGUGGCGAACGUGGUAAGAAAUCCAGACAAUGAGAAAUAUAGGAAGAUCAGACUUAGCAACCCGUUAUUUCAGGAUCGAGUGGCGAAAUUCAAAGAAGGCCUUGAGUUUCUUGAGCUCUGUGGAUUCCAUAAACUGGAAGGUAACGAGUUCUUGUAUAUGCCACGGAGCAAGGUAGAAAUGACAAUUCUAAACUCAGCUGGAUUGGCAUUGAACUCAGCCCUCACAAACCCUUACUUUGGAAUGCUAUCACUGUAGUGCCAGUUUAAUAUGUACUGCAAUGGUUUAGGAUAACAAAGAAGAAACACAAAUAUUAUUCUUGUUCAGCUAUUUUCUUUGUAAUGAAUUCAAAAGGAUAAGGUAUUGGCUCUCUAUUUAAGAUUAUAAGUUUGCUUUUCAACCA